AUGGGGAACCGUGGAAGCAAGCCCAACGACACUGGUAACGAAGCGCAGGAAGAUACACGUAAGGCGUCUCGCCCCACUGAAGAGGUUUCUAGCACGAAUCCUUUCAAACCCAACAACCGCAGGUGCACCGAUGUUCUCUGCUUGCUCUUCUUCGUCGUCUUCUGGAUCGGUAUGAUCGUCAUUGCCGGCGUCGGGUACAAGCACGGUAAACCACAGCGACUCAUCUACGGCACUGACUGGAUGGGGCGCACAUGUGGUGCUCAAGCUGACAAGACCGAUACCGUUCCGGCCUACGACUUUACCGACUACAAGUACAUGAUCUAUCCGCGUCUGUCUGAAGAUCUCAAGACACUCGCCGCAGCUGGUUACACUGCCAAACAACUCGCCAAUCCUUCGACACUUCGUAAACUCUUCGGCGUAUGUGUCCCGUCCUGUCCACUAAUCACCGACAAUGAUCUCUACGUGCACGCCUACUUGAACUACACUGUACACGCUGAUCCCGUGAACGAAGACGACUCCAGUGCCGGUUCUAGUAUGGAGUACGAGAAGGCCGGUUCUCCUUGGAAACUCGUCACCAACUCCAGCAACGUCUUGUAUCGGUGCGUGGAGCUCACCAAGAUUGAAGUCACACAAACUGCUCGGUGCGUUGACGACUGUACGGACGAAGAAGAAGCGAACUACAAGGCAGGCAAAGUCAAGACUCUGACCUGCGGGACGGACGAGAAGAUCAACCCGUUCACAGACUGUGGCAACAAAAGCUGUACUGAAGUUAUCACCGCUUUACGACCGAAUUGUACGAGCUUGGAGACGACUAAACAAGAGCGUCAGAUUGGCUCCACGACCGAAGACCCCGUCACCAAGAUGCUGAGUCGGAAAUGGUACAUGGUGGCUCGCUGGCUCGGUGACCUGCAGAAGGCUGCCUUCCCCAUCUUGAUCUGCGGUGGGCUGUUCGCUCUGAUCCUCGGACUCAUCUGGCUUGUCCUGCUGCGCUACUGUGCCGGUCUCUUCGUGUGGCUUGUCAUCGUGCUCGUCGUAGCCAUGCAGAUCGUUAUUACCUUCUUCUGUGCCUAUGAAGGCAACCUGAUCAACAGUACAAGUAUGCAAAGUACGUUAGAUAAAAUGGGGAUGUCGUCCGAGGACGCUCAAGCGCUCACUGUUGCAACCACGACCUACAUCACAUCAGCCGGCAUCACUGCUGCUGAGGAUCAGGCUUACUAUUGGGCGAUCGCCUGCUACGUCCUCACUGCAAUCGACAUCCUACUUCUCCUUCUUCUCAUUUUCAUGUGUGGCCGUAUCCGUAUUGCUAUCGGUAUCAUCCGCGAAGCUUCGAAGGCGCUACAGUCCAUGCCAAUGCUAACGCUCUACCCGAUCGUACCCACACUAUUCGCAGUCGGUCUUGUGGCCUACUGGUUGGUGGCGGCUGCAUUCAUCGCAACGUCUGGUAAAAUAACACUCAACGACGUCGCCGACACCGCUGGCAACGCUACAGGCACCGAUUUCGAGGGCGCUGUCCCAGCGAAGAUUAAGGAGGACGAUGCCAUGCACUACUUGAUGAUCUACCACCUCUUCGGACUCCUCUGGACGAGUCAAUUCAUCCAGGCCGCAGCGUACGCCACCAUUGCUGGUGCCUUCUGUGAGUACUACUGGACACUGGACAAACGUCAAGUGCUGGCUCGACCGGUAUUUCGCUCCAUGUGGCGCACCAUUCGCUACCACUUCGGAUCGAUAGCGUUCGGCAGCCUCAUUAUCGCCGUCGUGCAGAUGUUCCGCAUUGCACUCGAGUAUAUCGACCAGAAAAUGCGUACGGCCAAGCAGGGCAACGCAGUGGUUAAAGUGGUUAUGCUGUGCCUCAAAUGCUUCCUCUGGUGCUUCGAGAAGUGCCUCAAGUUUCUCAACAAGAACGCCUUCAUCAUCAUGGCCAUGAAAGGCAAAAGUUUCUGUCCAGCCAUGAAGGAUUCCUUCUCUUUACUGCUGGCUAACGCUGCUCGAGUCGCUACUGUCAGCAUCGUCUCGCGCUUCUUGAUGAUCCUAGGCAAGAUGUUCAUCACGGGUUUCUGUAUGCUUUUCAUGUUCGUCUUUAUCCGCUAUCCGCCUACACAUCUGCCGAGCUUCUUCCUGGGCGAUCUGGCCAGUGUCAGCAGUCCGAUCUUCCCCAUGCUGCUCACGGGAGUGCUUAGCUACGCCACGGCCUCGUUCUUCUUGGACGUCUAUGGUACUGGUAUCGAUACGAUCUUGCUCUGCUUCUGUGAAGACUGCAACGUCAACAAAUCCUCGGAGCAGUACUACAUGAGCGACGAACUGGUGGCUUUCAUUGAAGGACCAGCCAAGCACAACGCCUUCCCCGUAUACCAGAAGCAAGGAUCUAAUACGCGUGACAACGCACCAGCCACUGCGCCACCUAUCGUUCAGGCUGGUCCAAUGACCAAGAUCAAGUAA